UCACCUAUCGGUACCCCAUACAAGAAACAGCAAAUCCCUCUCCACCUUUCCCUCUCUAUCUCUCUCUAUAUCUAUACAUUUCACACACAUAUAACCUCUAUCUCUCUCUAGGGUUUAGAAUUUGAUUCCUCGCCACCAGAAAUAACUACCCUUUUCUCUCCACUUUCUCCUAUUUUCAUCAUAAUCAUCAUCUCUGCGUAGUGCGUAUUCGCCCACACCGCACCCACUCUCUUUCUAUAUAUAUAUACGCAUCUUUUCCUCUCUAGAAAUGAAGAAAAACGCUUUGCCGCCAGCUCUAGUCUCAAAUCUUCAGGAUGUUCUUCAACGCCGAAAAGGCGGCGACGCCGGCGAAGGAAGAAAUGAGGAUCAACAGGAUAAGUCCAAUAAAGACGAUUCGACGGAGCCGUCGUCUUCGAGUUCCGGUGAAAUCCCGGAGCCCGACAGCUCGAAGCCUAUCGUUUUGGUGACUAAUGCUGACGGGAUUGAUUCCCCUGGCCUCGCCUGCCUUCUGGAUGCUCUCGUUCGCCAAGGCCUCUACAAUGUCUAUUUCUGCGUUCCCCAAUUAGAUAAAUCAGUAUCAGGCCAUUCAGUUACGCUAAGGGAAACAGUUGCAGUGAGUUCAACUGAAAUUCAAGGUGCCCCUGGCUAUGAUGUUUCUGGGACUCCUGUAGAUUGCAUCUCAUUGGUCUUAUCUGGGGCACUGUAUUCUUGGUCAAAGCCUUUGCUGGUAAUCACUGGAAUCAACAGGGGCACAAGUUGUAGUCAUCAUGCGUUUUACUCUGGUGUUGUAGCAGGUGCCAGGGAGGCAUUGCUCAGUGGCAUCCCGUCUAUAUCAAUAUCUCUUAACUGGAAGAAAGAUGAAAGCCAGGAAAGUGAUUUCAAGGAUGCUGCAAGUGUUUGUUUACCUUUAAUUACUGCAGCCAUUAGAGAUAUAGAGAAGGGUGCUUUCCCUAAAUGUUGCUUAAUGAAUGUGGAAGUUCCGACAUCUCCUCUGGCAAAUAAGGGAUUCAAAGUAACGAAACAAAGUCUUUGGAAGUCUACGCUAAGCUGGAAUGCGAUUCCAGCCAACAGGAAUCCUGGUGCUGGACGCUUUCUCUCUAAUCAUCAAAGCCUUGGCAUACAGCUUGCUCAGUUAGGUCGAGAUGCCUCUGCUGCAGGUGCUGCUCGCCGUUUGGCCACACAGAAGAAGGAUAUUGAAGAAGUUGAGUCGGUUGGUGUUUCUGGAAAAUCUGAUCCCAACCGGAAAGUCAAGUACUUUAGAUUGGAGUUACUAGACAAGCCGAUAGCAGACAAGGAUGAAGAUUUAGAUUUCAGGGCGCUCGAAAAUGGCUUUGUUGCAGUCACUCCACUGUCUGUUUCAAUGCAUGCUGAGCCUGAAGUUCAUACAGCUGCUUCAGAUUGGAUUUCUGCUGCCCUAUAAGCCUGAGAAGUGAGAAGCCAUACAUUCUGCAAUAGUAUUGAUUCUUUUGUACAUUUUUGGAGAUGAUUUUUUGGGUGAUCUGUGCAUGGUUGCAUGCUGGGUCAUAGCUGUUUAUGUAUUUUGUUUGCUUAUUUUUAUCUUUUUUUUUCCUUUCUCCAUUUCUUGAACUUAUAAAGUUCCCCAAUCUUUGUAUUUGUUUAUGAAGCAAAUGCUUCCCCUGCUAAUGUUAGAAGAGGGUGGCAUGUUUGUUAAGUGUCAUUUCCCUCAUUUUUCUCAUU